CAUUUUUCAAGUCGAGCUUCAGCCGCAGCUCCCAGACUAGGCCCAAGCGAAAGGCGGAACGAUUCUUCAGCGAUGACUAUUACCACCGGAAUACCAAGGUGUGGAGCCUUCACGCUGUUACCGCCGGGGCGGGAUCGCGGCGGAGCUUCAUGUGGCUCUCGGCGGCGGCUCAGAGAAUCGUCCGGCUCCAGCCUCCGGCCCAGGUCCAGGCCGCCCGAUCCCUGAGGGGCUCCAGAGGCGGCAGGGAGCCCGUGGCCGAAGGGAAGGAGUUGGAGGAAAUAAUCAGAGCUGAGAAACGGAAAACGAAAGCCAUUAAGUAUCGGAGAAUUCGGGCAGAGUUGGGUCUUUCUGGUCCUCCCCCACGGACACUAACAACACAAGCAAUGCAGCAGAUGAGGUUUUUGAGGGCACAGUCUCCAGAAGAGUGGAGUGUGGCACAGCUGGCAGAGGGAUUUUCAGUGAGUGAAGAUGUUGUCUUGAGAGUACUGAGAAGCAAAUUUACCCCUUCAUUAAAGAGAAGAAUGAAGCAGGAUACAAAUGUUCAAGGAGUGACUCUGACUCUCCUACAGGGAGCAAAGCAGCUGACUGCCAGUUCUCCAAAUGUAAAAGCACUGAUUGAAUCUAAACCAAUCACAGAUCACGGUGUCCGGCCCAGACUCUUGUGGGACACAGUAACACUUCCUGCACAAUCUAACCUAAAUGGCAGAGUGCACAAAGCCAUUGGAAAGGAACGUGGCAGAAUGGAUCUUGUCCAACAGAAUGUCUACCAGAAGCGCCAAUCUCAGAGCAAUGCUGAUGUAAUGAAAGUCGGAUUUGGAAAAAACGUGGCUGCUUGUGCUGAGAGGGAAGAAUACAACGAAACCAGCAGGAUGUCUGAUGGGGAACAACCACUGGGUAUCCCAGAGACUGAUGAGGAUUUGCAGGCGUUCAGCGCAAAUGGGUCUGAAAACCAAAUUAAAGUUGUACAGAAGGGUUGUGAGUUUUAUGACCAGGAAGGCGACUUUCUGUAUAGGGUUAACAACGUGGACUCCUUAAAUAACCCUAAAGAGGAAAAAUAAUUUGUACAAUAAAGUCACUCAUGAAUCUAA